GCCGUAUGGUCAAUCUGACGAGAACAAAGUUCUUUUAAGGCUCUUCGAUAUCCAGGUUGGAUGAGGUUCUCUGUUCUUGGGACAUCGACGAAAUCGAAAGUUUAAUUCGGCCUACACGAUACUCACUCACAGCUUUUUCCUUCUUCCUUAACGACCAUCACGGCCAACAGGAAAUCUCUUUAAUCAUGCGUGGAACAGGGCAGGUCCUUGUGAGCGUCUUGCUCCUCAGUCUCGCCGCUCUUAGUGUCACCGUUGAGGCGUACGACCCAAGCAACAAUGUGGAGGCGAAUGCCCGAAAGCAGAAUAACGAUCCGAAUCGGAAAUGGUGUCACAUCCGGGAGGUGCCCAACACCAAAGAAGGUGGUUGGAUGUACGCGAAUCAAGAUGAAUACAUGCAGGAGUGUAUAAAACAGUGCCCACACUACAACGAUCGUGAUAAUAUCCAUAGCGCGGUUUGUGGCUAUGCUGGCGGUUGGACCAAACCGCCGUUUGAAUAAAAAAAGAUGCCAAUGGCAAAGAUAUCGAGCUAACCUAGAUCCUACCCUGCAAUUGCGACGUUGCGUUCCUCGACGAGAUUGUCAAGGACUUUGUCGACGCUC